GCAGUGACAUCAUCGUGUGGAGUUAUCCAAGCGGCGCAAUUCUCUUUCAAAAUAAAUUAAACAAACCGAUGAAUCGAAUCGAGUGGAAUCCCUUCAGGCCAAACGUGUUCGCUACCUUUUUGAAUGAAUUCCGAUCUGUUUUCUUCUUCAAUUCCUGCCCUGUCGAACAAAUGCAAUUUCAUUUUUGCAAAAUCGAUAGUGGAAUAUGUAUCUCGAGUGUCCAGUGGAUCUCUGAGACUCGAGUCGCUCUCGGCUUAGAAAGAGGGGGAAUUGAAAUUUGGGAAAUUGACGAAUCGACAACUUCCGCAAAAAUUGUCAAACGAUUCCAACAUGUCGACGGGGAGGUUUGGCAAAUAAGAGAUAUGGCAUGGGACGAAAGGACAAAAUGUUUGGCCGCUUGUUCAUACGGCAGAUGCUGGAUAAGGAUUUGGUCAAUGGACAGCGACCAACCCAUUCACAAUAUAGAGGUCGAUGGCUUUUGCUAUAGUUUGGCUUGGCGUCCAAACGUGACACAAACGGACGACGAGGGAGUGGACGCGGCCAGAAAAUCGGCAGACAAUUUCAUUUUGGUUUGUGGAUUGAACAAUCGGAAGAUUGUCGUUUUGACUGUGCUGGAAAAGGAAAAGACAAGAACUCUCAUCAGUCAACAAUCAAAUUCCUUUGUAAUGGCGUUGUCGUUUUCACCCGACGGGCGAUUUCUCGCAACAACGAGUGGAUUCGGGGAAUUGAUCAUUUGGGCAACUGAGAAUUGGGAACCCGUUUACAUCGACGUUGAAGAAAAAAUUAGGGUUGGACGUUUCUCGUGGUUGUCUUCGUUUACGGAUGUCCCUGACUACAAAUUGACAUUCGACUCAUCCUAUGGCGAGAUUCAUGUCAUAGAAUACGCCGUCGGCCAGAAUGAAAAGCCAAGCAAAGAUUGUCAGAUUGAAGGUUCGAUUCGAAUGAGGAAUGGUGAAGGAAUAGAAGAAUUCGCAGUGAAUGGUUAACCCGUUUCACUCGCUGCAUAAUAGACGAAAGAAUUCGAUCAAUCUCAUGUAAUGAGACGAAUGGUCCAGUCUCGAGUCUAGUUCUUCUAAAUGAAAACAACUCUAUAAAAAUUCGCAACACUGGUGACGAAUAAAAUGCCAACGUGCCAACAAAAAUCGGUCCAGCGGAGAUACAUUUUCGUGAAACACACCCACAUAAAAAAAAAAUAUUAU